CUUUUUUGAUGCAUUUAUCAUGUUCUAACUUUGUCAUCAUUGAAUGCUAUGGUAUGGUUUUAUUUUUCUAAUUAUUAGAGGCUUUUGUGAGCAUGGUUUUACAGGAUUUGUAUGGAUAUUUUCUCGGUAAAAGGUUAUACUAUUCGUCGGUAUUUACGAUUUGCUUGAUUCUCAAUGAAUACAUUUGACAAUUUGUUUAAAUUACAUCUGAAAGUUGUGCUGUCUACUCUGUCUUUAUUGAUAGUUUUGCUCUUUUUUUCUUGAUUGAUCAGUUGUAUUUAAGCAUUACUAGUUUGAGUCGUGAUUUUGGACAUUUUGAGUUCAUUACAUUGUAAUUUCCUGCAGCCUGGUAAUGAUUUUAUGGGUGUCCUAUUUCCUUAUCAUCACGAGGACAAAAUUUAUUGUUCAGAUACAAAGGAUCCGUCACGGAAUCCUGGUUCUGUCUCUGGCACAAAGAAUGGCCUCUUGCAUAAGAUUGAGUCUUCAAUUCAACUUUCAAACUCUGGAAUGGAGGAAGCAACAAAGUGGGAUCCUGUCUGCUUAAAAACAACAGAUGAGGUAUGGCAAAUUUACAGCCACAUGAAGCAUAUUGACCAACAAGUAAGUGCAGUAUCAAUUGUUUCUGCCCUUGAAGCUGAGCUAGAGCAGGCUCGAGUUUGCAUUGAGGAGCUUGAGACUGAGCGCCAGUCCUCAAAGAAGAAACUUGAGCACUUCUUGAGGAAAGUUAGUGAGGAAAGAGCUGCAUGGUGGAGUAGAGAACAUGAGAAAAUAAGUGCGUUUGUUGAUGAUGUUAAAGCUGACUUGAAUCAAGAAAAGAAAAAUCGCCAGAGGCUUGAAAUUGUCAAUUCCAAAUUGGUGAAUGAGCUGGCUUCUGCCAAGUUAUCAGCAAAGCAAUAUAUGCAGGGCUAUGAAAAGGAAAGAAAGGCCAGAGAACUAAUUGAAGAAGUAUGCAAUGAGCUUGCUAAGGAAAUUGGAGAAGACAAAGCUGAAGUGGAAGCAGUAAAGAGAGAUUCCAUGAAGCUUCGAGAGGAAGUUGACAAGGAAAGAAAGAUGUUGCAGAUGGCUGAGGUCGGGCGUGAAGAACGUGUUCAGAUGAAGCUCAUUGAUGCUAAGGUAGCACUUGAAGAGAGGUAUUCGCAGAUGAACAAGCUUGUAGCAGAUUUGGAGACUUUUUUAAGGUCAAGAACUGGAACUCUGGAUGUGAAAGACAUGAGAGAAGCAGAAUCACUUAGACAGGCUGCAAUGUCAGUUAAUGUCCAAGAAAUCAAGGAAUUUACGUAUGAGGCCCCACAUCCAGAUGACAUUUUUGCUGUUUUUGAAGAAGUAGUUUUAGCUGAAGCCAAUGAAAGGGAAAUCGAACCAUGUAUUGCAUAUAGUCCUGCCAGCCAUGCCUCAAAAGUUCAUACGGUGAGUCCUGAAAUGAAAAUAAUAAAAAAAGACAGCAUUCUAAGACAUUCAUAUGUGUAUGUUGAUCAGAAUGAUGAGAUAGAAGAAGAUGAGAGCGGGUGGGAAUCUGUCAGCGAUCUUGAGGAUCAGGGCUCAAGUUAUUUGACGGAAGGGAGCACUGCAUCUGUGAACAACAAUUGUCGGAACAGCAGUUUAUCGGGAAGUGGAACCAAAUGGGAGGAAAAUGCAUGUGAAGAUACCCCAAUCACAGAACUUAGUAAAGUUUGUUCGUUGCCUGCUAGACAGUCAAAGAAGGUGUCAUCCAUAGCAAGGCUUUGGAGAUCAUGCCCAAAUAAUGGAGAAAAUUACAAGAUAAUGUCAGUAGAAGGAACAAAUGGCAGGCUUUCAAAUGGAAGGAAGUCUAAUGGGAGUAUCAUAUCCCCUGAUCAAGGGUCAGGUAAAGGUGGGAUCAGUCCCCAGGACUUGGUGGAACAGUGGAGUCCAUCUGACUCUAGUCAUCUGCACAUAACGAGAGGAAUGAAAGGGUGCAUUGAAUGGUGUCGUGGUGCACAAAAGACAAGAAUGGAAAGUCAGAAGGUUCAAUUGCGGCAUGUCCUUAAACAGAAGAUUUAGAAGUAGAUGGUGAUUUCAAUGGCCAAACCUAUUCAUCACGGUAGCUGGAUGUGCCCAACCGAAAUAAGUAGUAAUAUAUUCCUCAGACAUUGGGCAACUUCUGCUGCCAGUUCAAAAUUGGUUAAAAGUUGAAAGAGCAUGUGAAUGCAGACACCUGAUUGGUCUCGUGGAGUUAUUGAUUCUCUGGUCCUUAGCCCAUGCUAUGCUGAGAACUCUUUUUCACCCCUUCUGCUGGUGUCUGUAGGCAAUGCUCCUGAUGAAACAGCUGGACCAUCAUCUCCUUUGAUCUGUAGUUGUCAUUCGCUUUUAAUCGAGAAAGCAAUGUAUGCCAUAUUUGUACUGUAUCCCUAUAGGAUCCGAGGGUAUCAAGGAUAACAAAUUCACGGUAGACUGAAAUGAUAACAUUUUCCUUCGAAUUUCUCAUGGAUAAAUCAUAAAAUAGAGGACCACAAAAUAGAAUAUUUAUGUAUCCAAGACCCUUGUGUUCAUCAAUUAUGGAAAAAUGAUUGAAAAAUGAUCAGUCAAAGUUCAUAUGAUCUUCCUUUUCUAUUGCCAAUAAUUGUUUUGUUGACAUAAACUAUUUCUUCUUGCAUGAUUCACAGUUCACUUGCCUGCAUGACAAAUCGAAUCAUCAACUCUUCUUUACUAAGCUCCAAGUACAACGUGAAAGUAUAUAAAGAAUCAGAUAGUUCUAGCUUCUUCUAAUGUAACUCACGGUAUGAUUGUACAUCCAAGAUUGGAUGUCAAACGAUAAUGGAUAAACAUGCUAGCUCUUUGCAAACUACACUUUUGCUUAAUACAAGCCCUCUGAUCCCUGUUGCACAUCUUCUGCACUGAUAGAUGAUGCUUGGGGUUUCCAUGCAUCUUCUUGCAGGUGCUCAAGGAAAUCCAUCACCAUGUUAUCAGUCUAAAGAGCUCCAAAGGGAACCUCAUCGCCUGCAACCUAACCCAAAUGACCGCCUUGGGGCGUUACUAUCAACAUGCAGUUUGGAUUCCCCUUAAACAUCAGAAAAUACACUUCGUUAUUUAUGAAGUUAAUGGAUAGACGAAGAGAAAAAAAGGCCAAAAUAUGGUCCUAUGACACUGUGAUUGAGAUAUAUACUGAAGCAAGUUGGCAACAAAACCUAUCAGGACUUUCUGAUCAGAAAUAUUUGAUGUAUUUUCCAUUUCCAAAUCAAUCAGGCUUUGAGGUAUUUGGGUUAGAGUUGGAUUGAAGGUUCAGGCCGAUGGUUUCAGUAUCAUGUAAAGGGGCACAAGCAGUUUGGAACUGGAAUUGGCCUCAUUUUGGAUGCUGCAUGGAUGGAGAAGCUUAUCAUCUUUGCUGAUUAACUUAAACAUUCAGUAAAGAGUAGAAUAUGGCUCAAUGACACAAGAUCACCCACUAAAUUAACUUGAUAUCUUACUGAGGAGUUCCUCAAUAGGAGCAAUCGGAUCAUUUGCAGCCUGACAACCACCAGAAAUUAAUCAAGUUCGUAAAGAAUUACAGAUGCUGCAAUCUCUCUUUAACAUAAUUCUAAAACUUUUACAACCAAAUACAAUCAUUAACAAGUGCACAAAUGGUUACCUGAAUGCAAAGCAAAGGAAUCCAAACAUGUUGUGUGAUAUGACAAGUACAUGAAUUUGAGUAAUAGUCAUCCACUGACUUGA